CACGACGGACUAAGCGAAAGAGGGACUACUCGUAGUCUAGUUUUACCUCCGUUUGAUGAAAUGUACUUGUUAUUUACAAACAAGCCUUGUAAGUUUUUGAGGUGACUUACUUUUCGUCGUUAAAUUCUAGCCUGCCGUGUCUGAAAAAUAUAUCUAGGAGUAUCCCGAGCACUUUUGAAGACUUCAAGAGUGGUAUUACUACCAAAACUUGCAACCUCUUGUUCCAAAUUUCAAUGGAAAAGCCCUGGAAACGAGAGACGUCAAGUACUCAUUCAUCAAAUCUUGUCGCGCUUUCUAAAACCCUUUAUAUAUAUCUGUCCUGUCCUGUACUGUGAGAUUUACUGUCUACUUACGUACCCGCUGACUGCGCUCCUCCUCCGAAAUGCGAAGGCUCGCCACCAGGAGCCAAAAUCGAUUAUGGUUCCUGUCGCCCCUCUAUCUUCCUUCCCUACGAAAGAUUGUCUGACGAGCCCAAAGAAUCCAAAGACCUUUUGCGCUGGAGUCUAUCUAUUACGCAGCUGUUAUUAUAUUUGGGCGCGAAACACAACGCUUCUCUCACACAGCAGCGUUGCGUGACGACGACCCAAACUGAAAGGCUUCGUGGGAGAUCGACUUGGAGUCCUCCACGUUUGGUUGAUCGUAAUUGACUUGGUACACUGGUCUAUAAAAUGCUUAAGACUCUAUUCUGUUCAAAUCACACUGCGCUCAAAUUUGCAGCCUGCGUGCAUCCACGCCUCCCCGCAAAAAACGGAAUGGGGAAGGAAGGGGGCGGAUGCCGCUCAAGGUUACCCAUAAAGCUUCACGCUGCUGAAAAGAACAACAACAGCAUUAUGGCGGAUCGCGUUCAGAAGAGGCUUGCAGUGAUUUCAGAGCAUCUUACCCCUCCGACACUGCACUCAAACUCGUCAGAAGUAUCGGAAACGACCACAGACGUCGCCGCUCCUGAUAGUCUGGUGGUGCCAAAUGAUGUCUUGAGCCAAGAACAGGUCGAUUUCUAUAACAAGAAUGGCUACCUGGUGAUCCGAAAUCUUGUUCCACAAGAACUCCUGAAUGAAUAUCUUGAACGCUUCAAUCAAAUAUGUGAUGGUGAAGUCAGAGUACCAGGCAUCACAGUGAUGAAAGAUGUCACUCACGUGAAAUCCAACCGUCCUUCAGGCGAGAGAACAGUAAAUAAGCUUCAGAAUUUCGAGAACGACGAGGUUCUUUUUAGUUACUGCGAGCUGCCACAGAUUCUAAAGUACGUGGCCUGCUUCACCGGCCCUGACAUCAAGUCAAUGCAUACUAUGCUGAUAAACAAACCUCCAGAUCCUGGAACCAUGACUUCACGUCAUCCACUCCAUCAAGAUUUACAUUACUUUCCUUUCCGUCCAGCCAAUCGAAUGGUAUGCUCCUGGACGGCAAUGGAGAAAGUGCAUCAGCGAAAUGGAUGUUUAGUGGUACAGCCAGGAACCCAUUACAAUCCACUUCUGCCACACUUUUAUCCUAAAUGGGAGGGUGGAGUGAAUUCAAUGUAUCAUGGCAUUAAAGAUUAUGAUGCUAGUAUCCCAUUGCUGCACUUGGAAAUGAAUCCUGGGGAUACAGUUUUCUUUCACCCUCUUCUCAUACAUGGCUCAGGUGCAAACCAAACAACUGGAUUCAGAAAGGCUAUCUCAGGUCACUAUGCCAGUUCUCACUGUUAUUACAUUGAUAUCAAGGGAACAUCACAGGAGUAUAUUGAAACAGAAGUUUUGGGGAUAGCACGCAAGAAACUGGGCGAUGAUAUAGAUUUUUCUUAUACGGACAUUUGGAGAUUGAAAAGUCGGCUGGUGCAAGGCAAGGAGGGAACCCUGUGACAUGAUGUGUGGAUAAAUAUGAAUAUGUUAUUUAACCAGCAGUUGAUAAACAUGAAUAUCUUUUUAACCAGUGAUUAAGAAAUAUCAGUCUGUUAUUUAUCCAGUGAUUUUCAUUUAGCAAUCCUUGAGUCACACUUCUAGACUGAUGCAGCUUUUAAUCCAAUUUAUCGUUUUACAAUGUGUCUGUGAGCAGUAACUGUGUGCAGGUUUCUGUGAUGAAAUGAUUUAACUUUCAAAGAUGUCGCAAUUCUCUUCAUGGGAACAAAGAAGCAAUUACCUGGUUUUUUUUUGUUUGUUUGUUUGGAAGUUUGGAAGUUUGGAAUUGAUGAAUUUACAAUUAAUAUGGAAACAUUGAAUCCAAAUAAUUACACAUUUUCAUUCAUCUCUACAUUUAAUGUACUUUGUGGCUUGAAUAUCUGGUGCGGGAGUCACAUUGUGGCUUCAAUAACUGGCCAGAAUGGAAAUUGUGGCUUUAAAAAUAAAGAUAUGUUUCGACACAAUU